UUAAGAUGUUAGUCAAACAGGGAAGCAACUGAGCCACUGCUGAAUCUCCAUUGUCACUUGUGAAAGUGCAGCCCUGUGCUGGAGACAGUGCAUGGGAUCAGCAUCUUGCUGUUAGAUUCAGUGGUAUUGCUUCCCAUUGACACUUCAUAUACUUACCCUAAUGUCUACCUAUUUAGCUACACCAUGCAAUGCUUGGUAGCUCAGUAGAAGAAGCUUCUUGCACCAGUCCUACUAACGUCCAGUGUCUCCUAUACCAGAGAGAAGGAGGAACAGAAAGUAAUAUCUGCCUAAUGACUGUAGUGGACUCAGCAGGACUUAAAAAUAAGGCUCCUUAAGCCUGCACUUAACAAGUGACUUGCUGAAACUAUUCCACCCAGCCUGUGCUGCUGUUUAUUACUUUUAUCUAUAUUUUGGUGCCACCAGUUGGACACACGGUGGAAUUGAAUCUCAUUGCAAUCUAUAGAGGAUUUUCCCUUGUAAUCCGAGCACCUUUUUUUUUUUUUUUUUUUUUAAAUCUGUAUGAUUUGGAUAUUUUUUGGAAGCCUGCUCUCUUAUACACACAUCUGAUCGAUGAACUCUAUGAAAGACCCAUUACAUUUGGAUCAUUUAGCCGGGAGUAAACUGGCUUCAGCCUCUUCCCAUCAUCAGGCAGUGACUCCUGUCUCCAUGGCUUCCUCACUGGGGCAACGGUCUGGGGAGUGCAAGCAGAGGCUGGAGGUCCAUACAAUCUCAGACACCUCCAGCCCAGAGGCUGCAGAUAAGGACAAAAAUCACCAAAGUAAAAAUGACGAUACUAGCGCUGAUGACCCCUCUAAGAAGAAGAGACAGCGCAGACAGAGGACUCAUUUCACCAGCCAACAAUUGCAGGAAUUAGAGGCCACUUUCCAGAGGAACCGCUAUCCUGACAUGUCUACAAGGGAAGAGAUCGCGGUGUGGACUAACCUCACCGAGGCCAGAGUCAGGGUUUGGUUCAAGAACCGCAGAGCUAAAUGGAGAAAGAGGGAGAGGAACCAGCAAGCAGAGCUGUGCAAAAAUGGUUUUGGGCCUCAGUUCAAUGGGCUCAUGCAACCUUAUGACGACAUGUACCCAGGCUACUCCUACAACAACUGGGCAGCCAAGGGCCUGACCUCGGCCUCUCUUUCCACCAAAAGUUUCCCUUUCUUCAACUCAAUGAAUGUCAACCCUUUAUCCUCACAGAGUAUGUUUUCUCCCCCAAACUCUAUCUCUUCCAUGAGUAUGUCCUCAAGUAUGGUGCCAUCUGCUGUCACCGGGGUGCCAGGCUCCAGUCUCAACAGCUUGAAUAACCUUAACAACUUGAGCAACCCCUCUCUAAAUUCAGCCGUGCCAACACCAGCCUGCCCGUACGCCCCUCCAACACCCCCUUAUGUCUACAGGGACACAUGUAACUCCAGCCUGGCAAGCCUUAGACUCAAAGCCAAGCAGCACUCUAGUUUUGGAUAUGCCAGUGUUCAAAACCCAGGAUCCAAUCUCAGUGCGUGUCAGUAUGCGGUGGACAGACCCGUGUGAUGUAUAUAAGUACAUGUAUAUAUGCUGUCUGGAAACCAUCCUUUCUUCAAAGACUUAUAAUAUCUGGACACUAGAAAGAACCUUAAGGAAAAAGAAAAGUUUAACUGCAAAACUCAGAUGUGUCUUCUUUUCAAGGGUCGGCUGCAGUGAUUUCUUUGAAAAUAUUAAAAGGCACCAGCAGGACACUGAUAAAUAUAUAUAAAUAUAUAUAUAUAUAUAUGGACACGUUUGACUGGAUAUUAUAUUUGAAUGAUACUAUAAGCUUGUUAAUUUUUUCUUAAGUUUAGCUUUGUUGACGAAAAACAAAAAGACUGAAAGGAUGUAUAUAUAUAUAUUGAAAUGUCAAAUUAAUUUUAUAAAAAGCAGUUGUCGAUCAUAUCUUUACAGUGUUAAUAUGCACCAGGCUUUAAUAAAAUAAGGCAUGCAAAAGGAGCCAAAACAGAAACGGUCUCCAGGUGAAUGUAUAUAACAAAAGCGACACUGUAUUUCUGACCUAUUAAAACGUCGUGUGCAUCAACAUAGAAUAGUACCUCUGGUGGGUGCCCUGUUGUUUCAGAAACAAACAAAAAAAUGCGAGUUCAAUUUUACGUGCAUUCAUUUUUUUUAUUGUUAUUACUUUUGCGAAUAGAUGUUUAAACACAACCUGUGUUUUAUCUCCUGUGGGUCAGAAAAAAAAUGCAGAUUUUUAUUCCCGUCUGCUUAGCUGCCUGAAAAUGAAAGCACCGAACAUUGUAAAAAGUAGCCCACACCACCCCGACCCAAUUACAAGUUGUCCACCUCUGUCCCGUAAAUCUCUUCACAAGAAACCCGCUGGACUUUUGCAUUUAGAAGUGUAAUUAUUUAUUUGUUGAAUUUCUAUAACGCUGGUUGAUAUAUCAUUGAACAAUCCGGUUGUAAAAUGAAUUCUAAUGUAUUGUUUUAAGAUUAUUUGGCUAAAAAGAAAAUGAUGCCGCUUUAACAAUAAACGUAUCUCUUCGGGAAA